AUGACGAUGGAGUGCAUGAAAAGUGAAUUCCACAAGGACCAGCUUCUGGAUGGCCGUUUCAAGACCAUUGCUCCCCUCAAUCAUGGUUCCUUCGGCAUGGUCUUCUUGGCCGAGGACAUCCUGACCCGGCAGAACGUGGCCAUCAAAUGCUUGACCAAGCCUUCUGUUGCCGCCAAGUCUACCCAGGUGCCAACCACAGACGAAGGGACCGAAGAGCUUGCGUGUCAUGCAAUUCUAAAGCAGCACGACCAUCUGGUGAACCUCGUGCACCACUUUGAGACUGACGCUCACACCUACCUGGUUCUGGAAUACUGUUCUCAAGGUGACCUGUAUGAGGCGAUCCGCCUCAAUCGGGGUCCUGUCCAGACCGAGCAUGUCCGACGUUUCAUGCUGCAGUUGAUCAGUGCCGUACAACAUAUGCACGCCAACGGCCUCUUUCACCGAGACAUCAAGCCUGAGAACAUCUUUUUGACCCAAGAUGGCUCCGUCAAACUGGGGGACUUCGGAUUGGCGACCAGGAGCCUCUGGUCUUAUGAGUCUUGCGUUGGAAGCGAUCGCUACAUGGCUCCAGAACAAUAUGAUCCUGCUGGCACGGGCUACUCGCCGGCCAAGGCAGAUAUCUGGUCUAUCGGCAUCUGUUUGCUCAACGUCCUUUUCGCUAGGAAUCCCUUUGUUACACCCACGGAAUCGGACAUCCUAUUUGCCGACUAUCGUCGAGACCGCCAGUCUCUGUUCGACAUCUUUCCGAGCAUGUCGCAGGAUACCUUUGAGAUCCUGUCUGUGGCCAUGGCUUUGGACCCUGCCAAACGGGACCUGGAAGCUGUCAAGCAAGCUGUUCUCCGUGCCAUUGCCUUUACCACCGAGGACGAAUCCUUUGAUGACUUUUUCUGUUCAGAAGAACGAGAUGUUGUUCGGGCCAGUGCCAAUCGCGAGCCUCUGCGGACCCCGUCAAUUCAAAGCCCUCAGAUGGAUGGCGACUCCUUCCCUUGGGCUAAGGCUUUGCACGCCAGUCCUCUAAAGCAGCAGCUGGAUUCUAUCCCCGACUUAUACGAAGAGGAUCUCUUCGAGUCGGACAAGAGCCUCAAGCUUGGGGAGUCCUGGUACUCCGGCCAUGGCACGACGCCUUCUCUGACCUCGAUCUUCGACUCGGCCUAUGGGUCUUUCAAAUCCAUGACGCUGCGACGGUCUGCUGCCCGCAACCCUCCUCAGCCAGACCCUGUACCUAUCCCCAACUCGUUGCCAACGCGUGCCUCCCGACCUAUUCCCACCAUGUCGUCUGUCUUUGGAAAGAAGCAGAAUGACACGGUGGCCAAAAGUUGGAGUGAUAUGUUCGAGGAAGAUGAGGAGGAGUGGGAACGUGAGGCUGAGCUGAAGCUGCGACGUGAGCAGAAUUCUCGAAGCUGGAGUCAAGAUAGUCAAAAGCGUCUCCCAGUGCCUCCGGGAGUGCUCACCGAGUCCAAGAGCCGUUCCUCGAGCAACGCGCGUCGCAGCCGAACGCCCAAGCCGACAUCACCGAUCAAGGCGAGCCAUGGGGCAAAUGAGAACGACAUUUUCGCAUGGCGUGCACGCACCCCCCGACAUUCACCCAAACAAAGUGCGGUGGAUAAGUGGGCGGCGUUGGGUGACAAGAGACGGAACUACCAGACGGAAUCAGACACGCAGACUUGGACUUUCAAGAAACGAUCGAUGACGACUGGAUCACGCAGGAAGCCCACGACUGGGUUGGGACAUGAUCCACACCACCAUCCAAAUCCGUGGCAUCGCCGCGACAGCCGACCCAAGGCUCGUCCAGCGUACCUGGAUCAAGAUUGGCGGCAACAGCGGGUGUCGGAUUCACCCUCGACAGACGAGGAUGAACUUGAGUGGGUUGGAGGUUGGCACAACUUCCAUUUGUAA